GUGCAAAACAUUACAAUAACAAGAUCAUGUAUCACUUAUGAUGUAACUGAAUUUACAAAUAAACAGAACAUACUACUCCGGCCUUGUCACUAACUCAAAGAAAUUGGCAGGAUCAGGAAGGAAUAAAGAGACAGUGUUAAAUAGAAUACUAUACAGUGCUUUGUUCACGUGCUUCUGGGCUUUUGAAAUAUGAAGACUGUUGUAGCUUUGCUGUUUGCCGUAACAAGCCUAGUCUUAGGAAUUAAUGCAAGAGCGUGCUGCAAGGAUGGCUGGUUAGCCUAUAAUGGCCAUUGUUACCACAUUGGUUAUGGGAAGCUUCUAACAUUCUCUGAGGCACGGGUGUACUGUCACGAUCUUGCUGCUUACCUUGUACGGUUUGAAACUUUCGCUGAAUACACUUUCUUGGCAGGAAUUCUGAGAAAAUCUAACGCUGGCAAAACAUGGAUUGGUUUGACCGACAAAACUCAUGAAGGGAUCUGGAGAUGGUUUGACACAAAAGAGCAUGCUACAUUCUCUGACUGGGCAGAUGGGGAGCCCAACAAUAAAAAUGGCGCUGAAGACUGUGUACACUUUCAAAACAGCCAGGGAUACAAGUGGAACGAUGCCCCAUGCAGUUUUAAAGCGAUACCAUUGUGCGAAAUUGAAUUAAGAUAAAUUGAAAACAUUAAUGAACAAAAUUUGA